AUGUCUAAUCCAUCAACACCACCCCGGACUGGUGGUACCCCUAUUGACGAUACAUUAUUUCAUCAACCCACAUUUGAAUCAACUCCAUUAUAUGCGCAGUUUGAUCUGAGAGAUAGAUCGAUUUCCCCAUGUGAAAUACCAGCAACCCAAAUGGAAAGAACCACUUCCUCACAAUCCCCACUUGGUACUCCAUCAACUACAUUGCCUAAACAACGUAAACCAAAACAACCGUCACCAGUAAUAACAGUCGAACAACAUACCCUGAAGAGAGAUUCCGAAGAUUUACAAGGGAGGAUAAUAACUUCAAAACCACCUUCGCCUCCGUCUUCUCCUACAUCAUCAUCUGAAUCAAUGAAAAAAUCACCAGUCAAUAUUGUAUCUAUAGAAGAUCAAAUUACGCUACGUCUAGAAUCUUCUAAUAAUCCAACAGUGGUUAUGGAAUUAGAUCUUGAUGGAAAUAUACGAUAUAUAUCAAAUAAUUGGGAAUACAUUGUUGGUACAAAUAUAAAGAAGAUUAUUAAUCGACCCAUUUCAAAAAUUAUAAUUGGUAAUAAUGAAGAAGAUUAUAAAGUAUUUAAUAAUGCAAUUGAUCAAAUGAUACUAGAUGAUUGUAGUUACAAAGUUAAAUUUAUGACUGCUACAAAACAGAAACAUGAACAUCAUAAUAAUGAAGGAUUAGCAAUAUAUAAUGAUUUGGUUAGAUUAUUGACUCCUCCAGCUCAUGAAUGUCAUUUUAAAGGAGACAUACCUGUACCUGAAGAAGGACAAUUGACUCCUUAUAAUUCUAUGGAUGAAGCUUCUGAUGUUGAAUUACCAGUGGAAGAUUAUGUACCUAGGCGACAGUCGCUUGUAGACGAUAUCCUGGAAUUACACCUUGGUGACGACAAAGUUUCACCAAAUCUUGAAGCAAGCUCGGCCGAAGAGACAAUUUCUUUAACUAGUUCGGAAGUAUCAAAUGAUGGAGAAGUUAUAGAAUUAGAAGCUCAAGGGAUAUUAAUACAUGAUGCUAAAACUAGGUUACCUACUCAUUCCAUGUGGACAAUAAGACCGUUUGUACAUAUUGAUUUGGACUUGACUUUACCAACUGCUUUAAUUGAUUUGUUAGGUUUUGGUUCAGAAAUAUUUGAAGGAUAUUUACUUAAUUUACAAGAAUUGGGAAUUAUAGAUGAGGAAUCUGUCCCUCAACCAAAAACAAUUUUAUGUCGUAUUUGCGAGAAUAAUAUACCUGCUUGGUUUAUUGAGAAGCAUUCAGAUUUAUGUAUAAUAGAACAUCGAGUGAAUGAAAGCUUACAAGAAUGUCAUGAUGAAAUUGGAGAACAAAGAGAAUUAGUAAUGAAGAUCUUUGAAAGUUUGGCAUCUCAAAAUAUGCUGCCUUCAUCUUCUGUAAUACUGCAACACCAACUGUUUCAUUCUUCAUCGUCCUCAUUGAUAUCGAAUCCCUCAACUACUUCAGUGGAAUCCAAUACAUCCUCAUCGUCAUCCUCCUCAAAUGAUGAUAGUUCAUCAAGUUUUAUUUAUGAUUAUAAAGGAAUCCCCUUGCCUACUGUUUCAGAUGUUGUUUCACCAUCUCCAAGAUUGGCUAAUCAGGUAUUGACCAAGAAUUUUCAAGCUAGACAUAAAAACUUGAUUCAUUCAAAGAAAUUCCCCUUUGGUAUUCUUCAGAAAGUUAUUGAAUUAUGUGAUGAUGCAUUAUUGAUCAAUCCUCCAGCAAAAAAUGAUGAUGAUGUGUUGGAAUUCUCUCCAGGUUCAGAAAAGGCGUUGAAUGCUGUUUUGAAUGGAAAUAAUUUAGAAACAAAUGAUUUAGCUAUUCGACAAAUUAUUGAAGAUACUCAGAUUCUAAUAAAUAAUAAGAUGGAUACUUUAUCUAGAUUAAUUUCAAUUUUGCAGUUUCUGGAUAAGAUUAAAGAAGAGAUUGAUGAGUUGGUACUUCAAACAGUUCGAGAAACAGUUGACAAAAUAAGAGAACAGACAAUUAAUGAAAAUCGGAAUCCAACUCCUACUCCACCAAUAGUUGAACCUGAUGCAAUUUUAUCGGAGGCGGUUUCAUUGAGACCACAAGCGAUCCCAUUACAAGCACCACGCCCUUCAAGAAGUAUGUCUCCUGCAAGUGAAUUAUUACAUCAGUCAUUUGAUAAUAUUAUUAAUCCAAGAGAGAUUCUAAUCAGAGACUCUAAGCGACAAGAUAGUAAUACGUCUAUGAAUUCGUCUAUGUCAUCCAUUUCCAUAAGCCGAACAAGAGAAAGUUUGGGUGAGAGAGGAUCUUCAAUUGCACAUGUUCAACCAAGUCACCAAUCACGAACUAAUUCUAGAGAAUUAUUGGAUGCCAUUCACAAUUUAGAUUUUUCAAAGAGAUCUUCCGAGAAUAAUUCAUCCAUUCCAUCACCUAGACGACAUCUUUCCCCUGCACCAUACGUGGAAAAACAGAAUCUCACAUCAUUACAAAGAAAUACUGCAACUGCUAGAUUUACUCCUCUUACAUCUCCAGCAACUCCUCAUGACGACAUAGAUAAUAAGAAAAUUAUUCACUUGUCAUUAUCUACCUCACUACAACCCUCCACGAGCAUGAAAGGUCUUAGUAAACAACAACCACCAUUAUCGCCAUUGUUGGUCUCAGCUACUCCUCAAACUAGAUCCAGUACCGGUGGAGUCCGUGAUUAUGAAAUUAUUAAACCAAUAAGUAAAGGAGCUUUCGGUUCAGUAUUUUUAGCGAGAAGAAAAUUAACCGGAGAUUAUGUGGCCAUUAAAUGUUUACGUAAACGAGAUAUGAUUGCCAAGAAUCAAGUACUUAAUGUGAAAUCAGAGAGAGCUGUAAUGAUGAGACAAACAGAUUCACCAUAUGUUGCACAAUUGUAUUCAAGUUUUCAAUCUAAAGAUUAUCUUUAUUUAGUUAUGGAAUAUUUAAAUGGAGGUGAUUGUGCAAACCUAUUAAAGACAUUGGGUGUGAUUGGAUUAGAAUGGACACCGAGAUAUAUUGCAGAAAUAAUUGUUGGUGUUGACGAUUUACAUAAACGUGGUAUUAUUCAUCGUGAUUUGAAACCAGACAAUAUUUUAAUUGACAAAAAUGGACAUUUGAAAUUAACUGAUUUUGGAUUAUCCAGAUUAGGUGUUGUUGGUAGACAAUCAACACACCGAAAAAGUAGUUCUAAUGAACAUGGAAUUGAAUUAUUUAAAAGUGGUUUGACUCAGAAUUUUGAUCCGGCAUUGCAAGAAUUUCAUCAUAAACGAACUCAUUCGGGAACCCCAUUUACAUUAUCUCCGACAAUGGAACAUUCAAAACUAAAUCCACAAGUACAAGCAUUACAACAACCAUAUCCACCACCAUUGCAGCAUCAUUUGACAUCUCCUGCAUUAUCAUUUUUGGAACAAUUUGGUAAUUCGCCAGUUACUCCAUCACUGCUGCUGACUACAAAUUCACAAACUACGUUUCCUCAAACCCCACAAUAUAAUGCACCUCCAUUACUUCAUCACCGUUCAGCUUCAUUUUUUAAAGGUGGUGCUAGAUCAAAUUCUGGUGGAUUGGAAUCUCCAUUACUCCGUCCAAUUAUUCCUCGUACUGCUUCCGAAUCUUCAUUUGCAUUAUUUGAUGAUGAAUAUAAUCAACAAGGGUCAAUGCUGGCUGCAUCCAAUCAAGGAGUGAAUUAUGCGUUAUAUGAUCCAAAGACAGAGACCGAAAUUAAGCAUUUUGUAGGUACACCGGACUAUUUAGCUCCAGAAACCAUUGAAGGUGUUGGACAAAGUGAAUCUUCAGAUUGGUGGUCAAUUGGAUGUAUGUUAUUUGAAUUUUUGUUUGGAUAUCCCCCUUUCCAUGCUGAUAGCCCCGAGAAGGUGUUUCACAAUAUUCUUGAAUGCAAAAUUGAUUGGCCUGAUCUACCUCCAGAAGAAUGGGAUAGUUUCUGUACUCCAGAAGCUAAAGAUUUAAUUGAAAAGUUGUUGACACUCGCACCAGAAGAACGAUUGGGAUUUCAUGGAGCUAGUGAAAUAAUGAGUCAUCCUUAUUUUGCAGAAAUUGAUUGGGAUAAUUUAUUUGAAGAGAAGGCACCGUUUAUACCAAUGUUAGAUGAUCCUGAACUGACUGAUUAUUUUGAUUCAAGAGGUGCUGAUGUGAUACAAUUCCCAAGAGAUGAAAGUGAUGAUUCUGAUGAAGAACAUACAGUAGGUGCUGGUGGUCAGAACCUUGUUAGUGAAAGUUUACGAAAUAGUUUGACGAAUGCUAGUAGUGAUUCUCCAGGAAGUAGUGGAUCUUCAUCAUUACCUGGUUCUGCCAAUGUUUCGGGUAUUGCAGGUUCUGGAAAACGAGAAAGGCGUGGCAGUAGGUUGGUAGACCCUGGUGAGUUUGGUUCAUUUAGAUUUAGAAAUUUAUCAGUAUUGGAAAAGCAAAACAAGGAUGUUAUUAAUAGGUUGAAAUCUGAACAUUUAGAGCAUAGAAGUAGCUUUUCGUCAAGUUCUUCAGAUUCCACACCAAUUUUAAGGUCGCCAGGAAAUUCGUUUAGUGGUCCAAUGGGAGGUCCCAGCUCAAGUGCAAAUACGGUUAAUAGUGGUAUUAGUCCGUUUAAGCGAUCUAGCUCUCCUCUGAAUAUCGCCCCACGUUCUAGUCUGUUGGAAUCGCCAGGGAUUGGUACAGUGGCUCCUCCCGUUCAUACUGUGAGCAGUGUUAUGUCGGCAUCUCCACAUCGAUUAUUUGAAUCUCCAAUUGUCUCGAAGCAUGAAAGAGUACCCUCGGCAGUGAGUACUUAUUCCAGUGGUGAUGAAAUUAUUUUUAAUGAAGAAAAGCAAAGAACAGGUAGUCUUGCUCUUGCAAGAAAUUCUGCCUUAUUAAAAGACUUUACACCCAUGUCAUCCGAUACAGAAGAAAAGCCCAGUAGGUUUGUUAGAAGACGGGCCAGUUCAAGGAGCGACGCUAUUAGCCUUUCAAAUGAAUUGAAUGUUCUUUAUUGUGAACCAAUCUCGGUGGUGCGGCACUCGGUGGUUAAAUUGUUAGAAAAAGCGGGAUGUGUUGUUGUUACUGUUACUGAUGGAGAAGAUUUAGUGAAGCGGGCGACAAGUAGAGUUAAAUUUGAUAUUAUUUUUACUGCCUUGAAAUUAUCCAAGGUUGAAGCAAUUGAUGCUGUCAAGUUGAUUAAAUUUACAACAAGUACUAAUUCUACUACUCCUAUUGUGGCGGUUACUGGUUUUCCUGACAAAGCAAAGAGUUCUGGAGUAUUUGAUGAAAUUAUUUGUAAACCGGUGGAAUUUCCAGAAGUUCAGAAAUGUAUUACAAAGUUAAGUGAGGCCGCGAUAGAUGAGUAA